AUGAGUAAAAAAAUAGAGGGAACUGAAAAAUAAAAUUAAUACCAAUAGAAAUUACAAAAAAUCUACAAUUAGUGUCAAACUGCAACAAAAAAAAUAAGAUUAGGCCUGUUGGAAGGAUGUGAAAUAAAAAUUUCAAACAAAGAUAUCAUAUAUAUUUUCGAGUACUUGUAUUUAAAAUUUUAAGUGCUAUUUAUGCUUUGACAAAUGAAGUUGGAAAUGCUUAAGCAUAUAAGAAUUCGACCAAGCUAUAAAAUAAUAAUAGAGUAGAGAAGGUUGAUUAAGAAUUGAUCUAAUAUUUUCAGGAUAUUUUGAAUGAAUUCAUUGCUGAUAUCUAUCAGAGACUUAAUGAAUUUUCAGGGGAGAAAGAGAGUGUAUAAAUAAGUAUUAAUAUAUUCAGGUACUCUAAAUUGUAUCAAAAACAUACCAUGAUUACAAGGCUUAUUCAUAUUGGCUAUACAAAAUGUUCUAUUAUUUGGAUAAAUUUAUUAUGCCAUAAGUUGGAACUACUUUGUGUAGCACUUCUUUAAAAUUAUUAAAGGACGGUUAUUUUGAUAAGUGUAAUAAAUUAAUUUUGAAUACGAUUUUACAAUUUAUAUAGGAAACAAGAAAAAAUGGAAUAUUGUUAAAUAAAUAAAUCAAACAACUUAUUCAAUUGUAUUCUGUAAUGGGUUCUAAAGAAGUUGAAUUAAAGUAUAUGAAAGAAGUUGGAGAAUAUGAUUAUAUUUGCAAAAAGCAAGAAGAUGCAUAAAGAUUCUAUAAAGAACAAUUCUAAUCUCAUCUUUUGACUGAAGUAACAUUUUAAAUUCAUGUAUAUAUAGACUUCCAAAUUCUACAAGGAAGAGAUAGAUAAUAAAUAAAAAUUUACUACUCCAGAAUUUGUUAAUUGGGGAAAUUCCAUUUUUAAACUGGAAUUGAAUAUGUGUAUAGAAUGUUAUCCAAAGAGUUAAUAGGCUAUUGAAAAUAAACUAAAAAUAAUAUUAGUCAAAGAUUAAGCAGCUAGAUUGGUAGAUUCACCUACAGGUGUAGGUUAUAUGUUAUAAUAUGACAAAACUGAUGAAUUAAAAUAAUUAUUUUCAUUUAUAUACAGAACUAAGGAAUGUAUUACUCAUAUUGCAAAGGCUUAUCAAAAUUUUUUUGAAUAAUAAGGAUAAUUAAUUAAUAAUUCUAUUGAACAAGAAUUAUAAUAAAUUAAAGAUGGUCGUUAAAUGCGUAAUUAAUAUAAUAUAUUCAAAAAUAGAUGAAGCUGAAAUAUAUUUUACUAGAAUGUUAGAAGUAAUGGAAAAAGCUUAAAAUAUAUUAAAAAAUUAAUUAUAAGAUGAACCAGAAAUUUAAAAAUCUUAUAGUGGAGCAUUUAUGUUAGUGAUAAAUAAAAAUGAGAAAUCACCUAUUUGGUUAGCCAUUUAUACUGAUAUCAUCAUAAAAAGUGAUAAGGGAGUAAAUGAGAUGGAAACAGAUAAAAGAUUAAGUAAAAUUGUUUCUCUCUUUCAAUUACUAUAUUAAAGAGAUGUAUUCUUUAGACAUUAUUAAAAAUUCUUAUCAAAUAGAUUACUAAAUCAAUAAAUAUAAAAUAUUUAAUUAGAGAAAUAACUCUUGUAAAAAUUCAAAGGAGAAACUGGUACUAAUGUAUUGUAAUUAUUUAAAUCAUAUUUAGAACUCAAUUAUCUAGUAUGAUAAAUGAUAUUGAAUAAUCUAAUAGAUUUGCAUCUGAUUAAUAAAUUAAUAAGGAUACUAAAUUUGAUUUGAAUGUUUUUUUAUUAUCUUAAGGAUGUUGGCCAAUCACUUCUAUCUAAGAUAGUAUAAUUAAGCCACUUCAGAUAUAACAUGUUUUGGAGUAUUUUUAAUAAUAAAUUUAGAAAUUAUGAAAAAAUGUAUUUAGAAAAACAUAAUGGAAGAAUACUUACUUGGUGUUUUAAUAUGGGUUAAGGAGAAUUAAUAUAUAAAAUAUAAGCAGAAAAAUAUUAUUUGAAUGUAAAUACAAUGUAAAUGAUUGCUUUUCUCUUAUUCAAUUAAGGAGUUUCAUUCUCAAUCAAAAAUAUCUUGGAAUUGACUAAAAUAGAUAAAAUAGAUUUAGAAAAUUCAUUAAUUCCUUUUGUUUGCAUGAAAAUCAUUUCAAGAGAUAAAUAGGAUAUUGAAGAUUUUUCAGAUGAAAAUGAAAUAUUAAAAUUAAAUAUGAGUUUCAAUAAUAGAGCAAAGAAAAUGAAAAUAUUGCCUAAUCCUAAAAUGUAACCAAAAAGAAUUGUAAAAAAGUGUUUAUUUAUUAUCUAGAGUAAAGUCAAGGAAUAAAAUCAAGAAGAAUUAUAAUAGAUGGAAUAAAUUAACAAAUAAAGGGAAUUUGUAGUUGAUUCUUAAUUGGUUAGAUUGAUGAAAUCAAAAAAGACUAUUAAACAUCAUGAAUUACUUGAAAAUUGCUAAUAAAUGAUUUCAAUAUUUAAACCUGAUAUAUUAUUCAUUAAAAAGAGAAUAGAAAAUUUGAUUGAAAGAGAAUACAUUAGGAGAGAUGAGAAAGACUGGUAUUUAUCAAUAUUAACAAUUUAUUAGGAAUAUUUAUCAUUAUUUGAAUUGA